CAUAAGGUUGAGACAAGCACAUAUUCAGGUAUUUUCCUCGCACAAGGCGACGUUACGCACGUAAUUACCGGAGGUCACACUUGGAGUCAGGUAACCUCCCCCAAAGCCACGAGGCCCUCUAUCCUAUCCCCGGUCUCCAUCUUCCCCGGAGCCCAACCCCAAAAUGCCCACCUCGACGCUACGGUCGCAGCUCGACAAAGACGGCUUUGUCAUAAUCCGCUCGAUCCUCAGCGCCGCGCAGCUAACCCAGCUCCGCGACGCCGCCACGCGCACGACCGCCCUCGCGGUCGCAGGCAGAUGGCCGCACGUGCGGACCGUGGGCAAACAAUUCCCGCCGUGGACGUGGGAGCCCGGCGUCGGGAUCUGGGGGGUCCAGCACCUGCUGAACCCAUCACUACCAGACGCCCCGACGUUCGCGGCGAGCUACUUCGGGGACGAGAUCCUGGAUCCCGCGAAGGAGCUUCUGGGCCCGUGCGGCGACGACGAGCUAGUCAUGGAAUUGUACAAUCUGCUCGUGCGGCCCUCCGACGGCCGCAGCUUCGAGCUGCGCUGGCACCGCGACGACAUCCCGGCCUCGGCCGCGGCGGACGAGGAGCUGGAGCGCCUGCGCGAGCCCGCGUGGCACGCGCAGUGGAAUCUCGCGCUGUGCGAUGGCGACGAGAGCUUGAUCGUCGUUCCCGGGUCGCACGCGCGGGCGCGGACGGAGGGGGAGAGGGCCGCGGAUCCGUUUGAGCCCGAGAUGCCGGGGCAGUUGGUGGUUAAGCUAGAGGCGGGAGAUGUCGUGUUCUAUAAUAAUAACAUCUUGCACCGAGGCCGCUACGACGGCGCGCGCGAGCGCCUGAGCUUGCAUGGUUCUGUUGGACAUGUGGCGGGGGGCAGGCUGCGGGCUCGGAAUGUGCUGCAGCAUGCUGUUGGGAGUUGGGUGGAUGGAUGCGAUUUCAGCGGAUUGCCCGAAGGGCACAGGGCCAGGGCCGAGGGGAUGCGCGCGCGGUUAGUGAAAUUGGGGCGCGAGAGCGGCGAGGUAGGAUAUUCGUUAGACGGCUAAUGAAUAUUCACACGCGUGUAGAGGAUACAGCGAAAUUUUUGAAAAUUGUUCAAAAUGCUAAUUCAGCCCAUACACAAAAUUCACCUAGUAUAUACAUGAAAGUAUUUACGCAGAAAGCGAAAGGAUAUACAGCGAAAAAUAUAAUAAUGUUCGACGGGAAGACGUUCUCGUUGUCUUGCCACUUCGCC